GCCAGCGCUUACCUAUAGGUUCGAGAAAUUAUCUGUCAUCCUCUUCGUCCAGCUUCAGUGUAAAUAAACGAAAAAUAACAGUUAAAUCGUGUGUCACAUAUUGUUUUAUCAAAGUACAUAGAAUUUUUGGGGCCCGGUUUAGCGUAAGGUAUGGUCGAUGAUUUGGAGAGCCGUGAAGCUCGUUCUAGCAAUGAGCUAUGGUCAGAAAUCUGCCCAGGGCUGGCCAGCCAGCAGCCCCAAGGGCAAGAGGCUGAAGAAUUCACGGAUUCCUUUCAGCCACCAUUAGAAGACACAGGGCUGGGAAGUGGGCAGUACAAUGUCCCUCUAAAUCCCCCCCUCAACCCCUGGGCGCCGAUGGCCGACUCAGACGUGUACAUUGCCAGUUUAGAAAACCGGUUAAGGAGAAUCAAGGGCCAGUCUCAGGAAGUGACAUCACGGGAGAUGCUUCGCACCCUAUCACAGGCGAAAAAGGAAUGCUGGGAUAGAUUUCUUCAUGAUUCACCAGCAUCUGAUCCCUUUCAGGAUGGGAGUGAUUUUGAUCAGAGUGCUCUGGAACACCUUAAGCGCUGGCUGCAGCCGGAGAAGGUGGCUGUCAGCGCCGAGGAGCUGGAGUACCUCCUUGUGCCCAAGAGGGGGCAGCAGACGAUGUCAGAGGGGUCGCAGCCCGGUGCGGACCCUGCAGCACAGGACGGGGAGGAGGAGAGUCAGACACCAGAGAAAUAGAGCUUAUGGACCCAACAUACGACCACCAAAAAGCAUCAGCUUAGCAGAGCUCCCAGUGAUGUCACAGCCCUCUUCGGGAGCUUUCUGUUUGGUUUUGCAGGUCAUGAAAGUUACAGUUUAACAUUUUGUACAUUCAUUUUCUAGUUGCUAUAAAUCGAAUAUAUCAGUUAGAGGACUGAUAAUCUCCAUAUAUCCAAGCCGCUUUAAUGUAACCUAACCCCAACAACACAAUACAAAUUUAGCUAAAGGACUUUGUUUCAAGGUGUUCUUUCAGAAAUCUUGUAGCCAUGGCAACACUUUCCUGUAACUCUGAUUGGAUGUUACGCCUAUUGAGCUUAAUUUACUAUAUCUUUAGUUACAAUGUAGGGGUAGCAAGUGACCUACUAAAAAUACUGGGGGAAAUCCCAGCUUUACAACUGUGGUCUUGUUUUUCAGUUUCUAACCGAUCAGAUCUGGUGUGAGUGAUGGACAGUCUAUAAAACAAGCAAAAUCGAUUCAUUUAUAGCAAUAAAAUGAUUUUCGACAGUAUUUGUACUUGAAGACAGUGCUAUUUAUAAUUAUGAAGUGGAAUGAGUUCCAUGCUAAUUCAGCGUGGAAUGUCAUACAUGUAAGAAAAUCCCACUUGAGAAAAUUUGGGUAACACUGUGGUUUCUUCCUAGAUUUUGUUUAAAUGCGUGUUUAUCAACCCAGUCCUCGGGACCCUGAGAAAGUCCAUGUUUUUGCUCCCUACCAGCUCAAAGAUGUGGACUGACUGGCAGGGAGCUGGGAGGCAGUAAAAAUGGUGGGCAUUCUGGGGGUCGCCAAGAACUGGGAUAAGAAACACUGGUUUAAACUCAUCGUUCUGAGAGACAUGGUGGUCGAGUGAGUAGCAUUAUUGCCUCGUUUACCUGUGGGCGGGGGCUUGCGUUCCGCCCCGUUCUGUGUCUGGAGCUUACAUCGUCUCUGAGUCGUGUGGAUUUCCUCAGGGUAUUCCGUUUUUUCCUCUGUGGUCCAAAACGAAGUGGGUAGAUGAAAUGUCUGAAUUGCUCAUUGUCUGUGUGUAUAUCCCGUGAUCGACUGGCAUGCCAUUCAAGCCUCUGUGCUGUCCCAGCUGCAACCCUGUAUUAGAUAACCAGUUAGAAGAAUGCUUUGCCAGUAAUAGUAUUGAAUGAGCUUUAGAUUUUGUUUUCAAUAAACUCCAUUCCAUUGUUAUGCAUACGUUAUGGUAUCAGGUGCCACAGUGGCUCUGAAUGUCACUGUUGUCUCGCACCUUCAGGGUUGGGGGUUUGAAUCCCGCCUGUGCCAUGUGAGUGGAUGCUCUGAGUACUCUGGUUAUUCGCUCAGUCCACACACAUGCAUUUAGGCUAAUUGGUAACAUAGCGUCCCCUGUGGUGUGUAAGUGUAUCUGCGUUGUAGUGGGCGGGCAUCCCGUCUGGGGUGUACCCCUCCCCUGUGCUGCCUGAGAUGGGCCCGCAGGCUCUCCUGUGACUGUCCAAGAUAAGAAUUGGAAGAGAGAUAUAUGGAUUAUGACACAGCUGUUUUAAAGUAACACUGUAAAUACAGCCGUGAGGGUUGCGUUGAGUUGAUGUUAAGUUUUGAAAAGAUAUAAAGACAUUUUGGCUUGUUAUAUUUCCACUGUAUCUUAUUAUACACUAUUUUUGUAUCAGAUAUGACCAAGGGGGUGUGAUUCUGUUUAUAAAUGUCUGACAUAUAUGGACUAAUUUUCCUUAAACAUGUCAAAACUAAUUUCAACCUUUUUUUUAAAAAGCAUGUCUAUUUUUAAUAGUUAUACAAGCUUCAAUAACCAUUUUUAAUUUCAAAUUGAAUCUUGUCUAGCCCUCAUACAUAUGAAAUCUAGCUAGCUUCUUGGUCACAUAUUUUGUCUGUUCUCUGUUAAAAGCUGGUUGUUUAUCUCUAAAACACUGAAUGCAUUUUUUUUCAGCAACUGCUAUUAGGAUGAAAUACCACCAGAUGGCACUACAAUUAUCACCUAAAUUGAUUUGACUCCGCACUGUAAAAUCCUUAAGUAAUUCAAUGGAUUAUAGAUUUUUGGCUAGGAGUUUUACUGUUAUUCAUUUACUGGUGUAUUCUAUUUAUAAAGUUCUACUCAUGAUAAUACCAGAAUAAAGACACAUAGAUAAGUG